CAGCCCUCAAGAGAGCAAACACCCACAAAAAAAAAAAAAAAAAAACGAAAUCCAACAUCUCAAAUCUUUGAAACCAAAUCUUUCUGAUUCAGCUCGGUUUCUGCUUCAAUGGAUGUUUGAUUUGUCAAGGGGCUCGUUAGGGUUUGUAGUUUAUCAUGGACUCUGAAAAAACCGAUGCUGCGGUUGUGGCUUCCAUUGAAAAUGGCGGUCUAACCAAUGAAAAUGGUGAUGUUUCCGAUUCGUUGAAUGGCGCUACAGGUGAAGUCUUGGAUACUGCUACUGGAAAUCCAAUUGAAAAUUCAGGAAGUGGUUCCGAUUUCGACAUUAGCGAGCAACCCAAGGACACGCGAGUUGAAAAUGCGAAUGAUGAAAAGCAUACUGGAGAACAAAAGGCUCAAGGAAAGUUCAAGGGUGAGAAUCUCUCUGGUGGAAAGAAUGUCUCAUCUGUCUCGGUUACGAAGAAGAAGAACAAUGAGAAAAGUAUAGAAGCUAAGGUGGCUGCAUCGAAUGGUUCUGCUGCUCCAAAUACACAUACAACAAAUGAUCUUAAGAACAAAUCCUUUGAUGAUAAACGGGCUCAUGCCACAAAGCACGGAAAGCAUGAUGCCGCACCAACUGAAGUCACUGGGGACAAGACCAAAAUGAAGCCUCUGAAGAAACAAUCCCAUGACACAUCUGAAGGCGAAUCUGAGUCUUCCAAAAGUCCGACGGCAGAAGAUGGCAAAUCUCGACGUGCUGGCGCUCUUCCAAAUUAUGGAUUCAGUUUCAGAUGUGACCAACGGGCUGAGAAAAGAAGAGAGUUCUAUUCUAAGCUUGAAGAGAAGAUUCACGCAAAAGAAUUGGAAAAGAGUAACAUGCAGGCCAAGUCCAAGGAGACACAAGAAGCUGAGAUUAAGAUGCUGAGGAAGAGUUUGAACUUCAAAGCAACCCCCAUGCCUACCUUCUACCAAGAACCUCAGCCACCUAAAGUGGAGUUAAAGAAGAUACCACCGACAAAACCUAAAUCUCCAAAGCUAGGGCGGAAGAAGACCGUGUCUGCUACAGAUUCUGAAGAAACAACUGAUCAUACCCCUCGUAUCGGUAGGCUGAGUUUAGAUGAGAAGGGUUCCAAACAUAACCAAGUUGAGAAGGACGCUCUGCCAGUAAAGCCACCUCUCCGCAAGUCACUUCCCAAGUUGCCUUCUCAGAAGACUAGUCUGUCCAACGGGGGAAAACCCGCACCAGCAAAAGCUACCACAAACUCCAUGAAAGCAAAACCCGAGAAAGAUGCAGAUUCCACGUCCGAUCAUCAAGACCAAGCUCCCACAACAAUGGAAGCUGAAUCCGCGGUUUCAUUGCAACCCGUUGCAGCCGAGCAUUAAACCCGUGGGACGAUCAAACUACCCCCGAAAUUUCUGAACCUCAUUCUUGCCCAAAGUAAGGAGCUCAGGAAAGAAGAAGAAGAAGAAGAGAGAAAUCAUAUUGGAUCGAACUGUCAGAAGAUGGAGAAUCUGGGCAUUAAGUGUUGUAUGCAUUGUGAGUUUCUUUCCCCAAAGAUUGCUGCUUAUUUAUAUAUAGAUUCUCGGCAUAUUUCAUUGGUGGUGGUGUUAUGCAUAACGGGUGUUGGUUGUAAUGCUUUCUUAGAUUAUGUUGUUUUGGUGAAAGAUUCUCCUCUUUUAUUCUUUGUAUUCUUCCAUAGACGGAUUUCAGAGAUUCUGCUCCAUCUUCUUGUGAUGUUAGAGACAUUACUACAUGUAUCAUCCUAAACUUCUCUCUCUCUA